UGUUGCCCCACUGGUGAGCAAAGUUAAACAGUGUACAGGGGAUAAGAUUUUCUUUGGAUUAAUAAAUCUGAAUAUUUAUUUCAAAAAGAAAAGAGUUGAUUAUUCCUCGAUAUCCUUGGACCAAGAAUGACCUUUGCAUUGAGAUCGAAUGACUACUAAUACAACAUUGUGAGAAAAAGUGGAAGAGCUCAAACUACAGAUCGGCUUAAAACAAGACCAGUCAUGUUAGCUGAAGGGUUUCUUACAAGGAUUAGUUACAGAUUCCACGAAAGUGAGCGUGUCCAGCCAGAUGACUGUGCAAACUCCAGCAAUAAACCUAAGACUAGCAGCAGUUCUUGGGAAGAGCUCGUUGUCUCACUGGACUGUGCAGAAAGCGUUGAAGAAGAAAACAUACAGAGUGAAUCAGGGAGCUCAGCUACCACCAGUGAAGAGAAAGGAAGGCCAACAUUGAUUCAAAAGGAAGAGGAACCAACCAGUGUGAAUACCUGGGUACCCUUAUACAAUAGGAUAACAUCUGACAGUUUAGACAUACCAAAGGACUGUGCACGCAUUAAAGCCGAGGUGGAUUUGUACCAGUCUUGGUCCACCACUUGCAGGAGCUACACUGAUCUGCAGAUGGUUGGAGAUAAUGUUACACCUUACAGUCUAACUAGCUUAUCCACUUGUCUGACCAAUGAUCAUGAAAGCAGUAAUUGGCCUGUCUUUCACAUCAACAAUGCAUCCAUGUUGCCACAAUUGCCUGCCUCUAAUUGUGAAGGCCCACAAUGUUCUAGAUCAGAAACAUUCCAUCACAGUGAUAGAAGCAUUGUCCUUCAGAAAGAACCAUUAUCCAACUCUGUGAUCAACAACUACAUGGAACAGAAGAUCACUGAGCUCUAUAAGCAGUACCUGGAAGAUAGCAUGACAAAAUAUGCCUCACCAACUAACAUAAUGGGCUCUCAUUUUCUGAUGACCAACAUUGAUCAAAUUAGCCUGCAGAUCUCUCAAGAGAAAAAUGUGGAGCCCACAAAAGCUAAGGAUAUUGUUCUCAAUUGCCUUCUCAGUGUUGCUUGUGCAACAAAUUCAUCCGACAUCUGUACACCUAUUUUACAGAUAUCUAAUUAACUGGCCCCAAAAUUCUCAAAGUUCACAUGUACAGAGCUGUAAACUGAAUGUUUUUUGAUUUAGCUUUGAAGUCUGCAUUAUAUUCCAAAUGUGACUGGAUGACUGGCCCAGAUCAGUACAAUGACUUUCCAGAAUGUUAAUGAGUAUCAUUUAACACAAUGCCUGUUUGCCUUUCACCAUGGCUACCUGUUGAAGAUGUUUAAGCAACAAACAGCUGGUGGCUCUCAGUGGGUGUAACAAAUUGUCAUUGUUUCAGGACAAGACCCUGCAAUGGGUCACCUGAGGCUCUGAUGCAGGGGUUCGACCCAAAAUAUUGACAAUCCCUUCCCCUCACAAGUACUGCUCAAUCAACUGAGUUCGUCCAACUGAUUGUUACUCCAGGGUCAAUAGACAAUAGACAAUAGGUGCAGGAGUAGGCCAUUCAGCCCUUUGAGCCAGCACCACCAUUGACUGUGAUCAUGGCUGAUCAUCCACAAUCAGUACCCUUUCCCGGCCUUCUCCCCAUAUCCCUUCACUCUGCUAUCUUUAAGAAUUCUAUCUAACUCGUUUUUGAAAGAAUCCAGAGAAUUGGCCUCCCUUGUGUCUCUAAAUGCUUAAUCUGUUGAUUAAAGAGGAGCUAAUGAAGAACUCUUCUGUUGUAGAAAUGCUUUAUGAAAAUUGCACUAAAUUGCAAUUUUCAAAAUGACUCAUCUCCUACUUACAAAAUCAAGCAUAUGAAAUUUUAAACUUGAGGGUUCAUCUGAUAGGAUGCCUCAGACUUCGCCUUCUGCUCCAGUGUAACAUUUCCGAAGACUAGAAUUUCCAGUUGCUUUAAAAUUACAUUGUGUGAUAUAAAUCUGCAAAUGUUUAAUGGAUUUUGAAAUUCCUCCACUCUAAUGUUAUGAUAAAGACAUAGACCUGCUUACUGCAUGGCUUCAAGUCACUGCUAUGGACAUUUUGGAACUCUGGAUUUUUUCUGAUGGUUGAACAACACUUGACGACAGUCUUCAAUUCAGAGGAUUAAAGAUUAUGGUGUUGUUAUAUUGUUGGUUGGUUGGGAAAAUGUGGAAAGGAUUUAGUUCAGUAGGUCUACUUAAAUCUUCCCUUAAUGAUCUGGUAUAUCAUUGCAUUUAAGACCAGGUCAGGCAUGUUGUAUCCUAACAUUAAAUUUGUUAAUGGGACAGUUAGCCAGCACCCAGCCUGAAUUGUAUCCAGUUUAGCAUCCUCAUUGUCUUUCACAUAUUCAGCCAAUGAUCCCUUCAUCUGGUGUGAUAGAAAUGCCAGAACAUUAGUUCAGGAAGCAAGCUGGUGUCCAUGACUCUGGGAACACAUGGUUCUGAUUGGUCACCACAUCUGGGCUUCUGCAGACUCUGCCUAAGGUCACACAAUGCCCACAUUUCAGCUUGUGGAGAUUUGCAUGACCCUUUCUGCACUGUUGUUGGGUAACGGCAGUUUUAGCAUCCAGUUCUGUGUUGUGACUGUGUGACCCAGUUCUGUGGAGCCAAUCCAAGACUUGUUCUUAUUUGAUUUGUUCAUACCGAGCAUAAGUAGAGUAUAGAACAAUGAAUGGUAGAACUCUGGAAUAGGCUUUUUGGCCCAUCAUGUCUACACCAAUCAGGAUGCCAAUUUUAGCUGAUCUCAAUAUGGUCUGGAUCGCACUGUUCAUUAGCUUGUCUAAAUGGCUCUUAAGUGUAACUUCUCCUGGCAGGGUGUUCUACACAUUUACCAUUCUUUAUGGGAAAAACUUGCUUUGCACAUUUCCUUAAACUCCACACCACCAGCCCUCACAUGAAGUAUUUGACAUGUCCACCUUGAGAAAAAGACUCUAUCUAUUCUAUCUGUUCCGCUCAUAAUUUUAAAUGUUUCUGUCAGGUGUGCCCUUAACUUCUUAUCCUCCAGUGAAGACAAUCUGAGAUUGUUUAACCUAUUCUCAUAUCUUACACACUCCAAUCCAGGCAACAUCUUCUGUACUCUCCGCAUCCAUUCCGUAACACAGCAGUCAGAAGUGUACACAGUGUGGUCUAAUCAAAGGUUUAAAAGCUGCAACAUGAUUUCCCAACCACCCAACCAAUGAAGGCAAGCAACCAUAUUCCUUCUUUUCCACCCUAACCACCUGAGUUGUCACUUUCAAGAAGCCAUGGACGUGCACCCCAAAUACCGCUGUAUAUCAAUGCUUGUAUGUACCCUGGUCAAAGUACAUCAUUGUAUACUUGUCCAGAUAAAGUUCCAAAAUAAGAAAUGCAAUCUUGCACAACCGGUUAACAUUGGUAGAUGGUGCUUUCCCAGGGAUCUGAUCAUUGACACUACGUCAGCAACUACGUGUCACUUUGUCACUUAACUUAUUAUUAUUACAGGAUGUGGCCAAUCCCAUGCUCUGACCAUGGGGCAUCACUCCCAGACUGAAAUUAUUCUUAUAUAUUUGCUGAACAGAUUUUAAUUUAGCCAUGACAAAUAGAUAAAAUCUUAAGCAAUACAUUUUCUUGUAUCUCUGAUUUCAUAACAACCAUUUACACAUGGGAUGAAAUGCUUUAGCCUUAC